CUGGCGAAAAUUAUGCCAAAUUUCUACCAAAAUUUUGUUUGUGUAUUGAUAAAAGUAUACAGAAUAAUUUGUCAAUAAUCAUAAGAAUUAUGAAAAAAGUCACGAGUCCUCGUGACAUUGUAGAUUGGAGAGUUUUUCAAAAAUGUAUCAUGCUUAUAUUGGUUUGAAAUGGAUUCAAAUGAGGAAUUUUAAAUAAAAAGCACAGGGACCUCUAUUGCCAUGUCAUUGAGGGUAGUAUGGCCAUAAACAAAAACUUAACAUGGAAUUUUUAUUGGAUGUUAAGAAAUGACUUUGUAACUGAAAUGUGGUGCAUGAAUUAAGUUGAGAAAAAUAAGGAAGAGGGACCAUUUCAGUAUGCAGAACCCCAGAGUACAGGGACUAAAAUGGCCUUUUAGCUUUAUGAUAUUGAGGUUUUCAAAUUACUAUAAUACUCGUAAAAUCCAAAUGUGAUUGAAAUAGGCUCUUAAUUUUGGUGUACGCUUCAAUAUAAAAAUCUUUCUUUCUUGUUUCUAGUGUUUUUAGCUUUUAGAUUCCCAUCUAAUUUGAUCUCUGGUCAUUAAAUUUCAUUGAUAUAGGUAUAGGAUCUAUAUGUUGUUUCAUUUACUAACUACGUCUUCUUCACUACUAAUUUUGCAUUUGAGUAACGUGCUUAGAAUUUCUUUGUUGGCAUUUAGAUAGAAUGCUUCCUCUGAUUUUCUUGAUUGGCAUUGGGAUUGGUAAGAAACAAUUUUUCCGUGUCAAAAUUUUUAAAUCUUUGCCAUACCAUUUUGUCUAAUGGGAGGAUUUGAUGGAAGUGUUAUUUACUGUAUGACUUAAACCUUCUAAUUAAAUGAGAAUUGGAAAGUUAAAUGAAUGCCUACUUCUUGGAGAUAUCAGCGUCUUGUUUAGUUAAUUACUGUUUUUUUCCCCUUCAUUUGCUUUGCUUGUUUUGCUAUUGGAAUUUUUUAUCAUGCUGAUUGUACUGUUUUGCUGGGGAUGUUGGUUUGAUAAUCUCUUCUUGGCUCUCUGUCUUAUUUCUCCAUGCAUAUUUUAUUAACCGAGAUCUCGAGCAUUUCUGAUAAAUCAUGUUUAUAUCUAGGUUCAUGCGACAAUUUUUUCGUUAUGACAGAUAUUACCUUGUAGUUGCUUAGUAGUCCUGAUGUUUAGUCACCCUUGCUUUGAAGCGGAUCGUCUGAUGAUUGGGUACAAAACAGAUUUUCCCAUAUCCAUACUUUCUAAUAUGGCAUCAAAAUGCUUCCGAUAGAGUGAAAUUCAUUGAUAUAGUUGUUAGUUUUUCAAGUACAAGGCAUUUGGGUACGUUUAGAACAUGAUAUCAACAUAUUUGGUAUUGGAACUAAAUUCUAUCCUUCUUCAGUUCUCUGUCCUCCACCAACCUACCUACUAGCUGCAAAACUUUCUACAGUAACGCAUCUUAUCUGCUCAUGGUGCUUGUCAACGUAGUUUUAUUGUCAAUCUCACAGUUUCUUCUUUAAUCUUAUAUUUAAUUUCAAUUCAAAGUAACUUUUAUUUUUAUAUUUAGCGGUCAUUGCAGAUGUCAGUAUCUGAUAAUUCUUUUCUGGAGGCUUUAUUUAUGGUUUUACAUUAUAUAUAUAUAUUCAAGUUGAUGAUUCAGAUCCUUUUAAUAUGGUUUUGGUUGCCAUCAGGGUGGAUACUUAAAAUUUUAUCUUUGUUUCGUGGUGACUUUUUGUGUUUCUUCUUGAUCCUUAAAAUAUUGCAUUUUUAAGGUUGGUGGUCUAACCUUAUCUUGAACGUUAUUCAGUGAUAAACUUUACAAUUUUGAAUUGUUGAAAAAAUAAAUCUUUCAAAGUCCUCCAAUCCUGAAGAUGUCUCUCCUUGGCCCACCCCAACUCCGCCACCUCCCCCCCCCCCCCGCCGCCACAUCUGGCGAGCCCUUCCUUGAUCUAAUGGACACCAACUUCUACGAUCGCCAGCUGCUAAGUGGCCUCAUCGAGAACAACUCUGCCACUUUCCUCUCCUCCGGCAACCCUGCCCUUGAUUUCUUCUUCCAGGUUGUCCCUGACACCACUGCUGGCAUUGUCACUGGACUUCUCUCCUCUGCCUGGACCCAGGAUCCCUUGACUGCUCUCAAGCUCGUUGCCCUCCUCCAUGGGGUCCACGGUACCGGCAAAUCCGACCGAGAGGGGUUCUACGCGGCCGCCCUCUGGCUCCAUGAAAACCACCCCAAAACCUUAGCUCUCAAUGUUGUCUCCUUUGCUGAGUUUGUGUACAUGAAAGAUCUUCUUGAGAUCUUAUAUGGUCUCCUACAUGGAAUUAAUACCUGAAAACUUG